GCGCAUGAGCGUAAUAGAUAUCCGGUUUAGUAAUACGUUGGAUUUUAUUACAUUUUCAAUUGUUUAAUAAGGUAACUAUUGGGAAAAGGACUAUUUUUAUAAUACAGGCAGUGCUACAAGACUAAAAUACUCUACUUAUCUGAAGGAGGCAAUUGUUGAUUGGCAGAUAUCUACGUUUUUAUCGACAGAAAUUUGUGUUCGUCUCUGAUUGUCAAUAUAUUCAGGAAUGAAAUAAGAAAGGCAGUGUUUGAGAAUGACCUCGCCGGACAUAUCCAAAGAUCUAUACACUUUUCUCAGUCAUUUAGGUCUUGUCCGCUAUUAUGGCUCCUUUGAGACGCAGGACGUGCAUGACCUUAAGCGGAUUACUGAUGAGGAGCUACUUAACAUGGGUAUGACUCAAGUGGAUAUUAAGAAACUACGAAAAUUUUACAGGCAAGAAUUCUCAAAGAUUGGUAAAGUUAAGAGGAUUAUGAAGACAAGAUCGAAUGCCAGCGAUAUUAAAAGUCCUCCACUCCCUCGUGCAAGUGUUACACAGCACUUAAUACCCUACUCGUCCUUAACUUUGGGAGGUAGAUUGGGAUCAGGCUCGACUGGUUGGGUACAAGAAGGUGUGUGGUCCAUUGAGGGAGGCGGAAAAAUACCGGUUGCUCUAAAAACUCUUCGGGGUAAAGUUUCCCCAGAAGAUGCGAUGAAAGAAGUUGCAUUCAUGCAUCAAAUCGACCAUAAACGUAUCAUCAAGAUGUACGGAGUAGUUCUUAAUUCACCAGAUGGCGUUAUGACUGUCUCUGAACUGGCUACUAUGGGAUCAUUAAAUUCUUGCCUAGUAAAUAAGGAAUUACGUUUUACCUUUCAUCUCUUGCGCCUAUGCGAUAUAGCUGUUCAAAUAUGUGACGCUAUGGUUUAUUUAGAAAACAAACAAAUCGUACACAAGAAUCUAAAUACCCACAACAUCGUUGUGUUCUCGCCAGACAAAAUUAAAGUUUGUGAUUUCGGAUCCAGAGCUCUUGGUCACAAAGAAAUUAGCAAGGAAGAUACGGAUGUUUCUCUUAGACUUCCUAUCGGCUGGCAAGCCCCGGAGUGUUUACGGAGUAUGAAAUUUACAAGCGCUUCCGAUGUUUGGGCGUUUGGUGUGACUCUAUGGGAGAUGUUUUCGUAUGGCGAUCAACCUUGGCCUGGCUUUACACGGCAACAGGUAAUAGACGAAUUGGAUGGAGGAAAGCGACUUCCGUGUUCCGAAUUAUGCACGAAAGAGUAUUAUGCCCUAAUUCUUCAAUGUUGGGAAGAAGAUACGUUUAAGCGUUCAACUUUUUCCAACCUCUUUCAGUGGUUGCCUCAGCUAAAACCGGAACAAGUUCAGGCCAUCAGUGACUUUUCAAAUACGAUAGUACCGAAAGGAUACUUACCUUACAGAAAGAGAGAUAUAAUAACAGUCAUCGAAAAGCGCCCUAAUAUCGGUGCUGAAGAGGGAUUGUGGAGGGGAGUAUCCAAUUCUGGUGUCUGCGGGCUUUUCAAUCAUAAGGAGACUAUUCCAAUUGACUCGAUUACUCGCGAAGCUUCUGGCAGAACCAACGUUGCUCAGAGAUCCUCGUCUUUUCUCUCACAAGUCACAAAAAUGGGUCGAAAAAGUAACCAAGAUGUCAAGAAAAACAACGACAAAAAAUCCGCCCGGAAGCCAAUUACUAAGGACAUGAUUAACUCGCCCACAGAUAUGCAACAUAAAGCUCACGUUGGUUACGACGGAAGUAAAUUUGGAAACGUAGAAGAUUAUGACAAUAAUUUGUUGGAGGAAAAAAAUUAUGGUUCUGAUCCACCUGCGCAGACUGUUUUAGAAACUAUGCCCUUGGAGGAAGCACAAAGAAAACAUGGUAUCAAAUUAGAGCCGGGAGAACCAGACUUAACCUUGGACUUUGGUGAUUCCUUAUUUGAUGACGUUAUGAAGACAAUCGACCUAUUGCAAUCUCCCUCUAUCUCAACAGAAAAAGUCAACUCGGAUCAGUCAGAGGAGCAGCAGGAUACCAUUUACAACGAGGAAGAAUAUAAUACUAUAAAAAUUGACAGUGAAAGAGAAGAAAGCGAAUAUGAGCUCAGUACUCCUAGUUAUACAAUUGAAGAGUCUAUAAGCAAUACAAAUUUAAAUUUCGAGACCACAAAUGAUACCGAUGAGAUUUCCGAAACUCCCCCUGAUGUUUCGGAAAUAUUUGACAAAUUCGCUCCUAAACCAACUGAUAUUAUUUAUGAAACCCAGCCUAACAAAGAAAAAGAGCGAGAUUACGAAAAUUGUAGAUUAGCCGAUCAAGCAUUUUCCUGGAAUGAUGGACAGGAGAGAAGACGAUCUGAGAUUUCUCGUCCUCCACCUUCACCUGUUCAAUCAAGUAAUUCAGUAAAGAAUACGGCGGCUCACAUAUUAGCUAGACCGAUCGACAUUGAGAAAAAAGAUGACAUAUAUGAGACCUAUACUAUGAAUCCCAUCAGUACUAAUUCUAAUUUCAACGAUUCCGGAUAUUAUGGAAAGAAUUAUAAAAGGAUAUCAAAUCAUUCCGAUACAACUGUUUCCGACCAAAGCUCUUCUCCAACAUCAUUUACAGAAAAAUCAACGAUACCCCAGCCUUCACUGUCAACAUUCAAACCAACUCCGGUACCAACAUCUAAGUCCGCUCCGUCAGCUGAAAUCGAAGAUUUAUCAGAAGACGAACUAAAUAGCAGGCCUGGUUCUCAAGUUUCUCCUAUUGAGUCGCCCAAAAUUGAACCCAAACUGCCACCUUUUAACCCAAGAAUUGACGAGCCUGAUUUUGUUAGCAAUAGAAUGGAGAAAUGGCGACGUGACAGAGAAAGAAAGAGGUUUGAAAGCUUUGAGACAAAUAGCGAAGAGAGAAAAAAUGAAUAUAAAGCUCCAUUGGCCGAUUUUUAUAAACCAGAAGUUCCCUCUACACGGUCAAAUCUUCGUAAUCCGAUCAUACCUGGACACGGUUUAGCGAAACUUCGUUCUUUAAGCCUCCAGUACAGCGAAUCUCAAUAG